UGUGCUGUGUCCCUCGGACACAGCGGAUCAAUGGAAAGAGCCGAAGAUGUCGGCUCGGUCAUGUGAUCAGCUGUGUCCAAUCACAGCUGAUCACUGAUCAUCAGAGCACUGAUGAUCAGUGUUCCCUGAUGAUCUGUGUAGCUCCAGCAGCGCCACCUGUCAGUGUCCAUCAGUGACAGCUCUCAGGGCUCAUCCAUGCCACCUGCCAGUGCUCAUCAGUGCCACAUCAAUGCCACAUAUCAGUGCCCAUCUGAGCUGCCUUUCAGUGUCACCCAUCAGUGCCACCUAUCAAUGCCAGUCAGUGCCACCUAUCAGUGCUGCCAAUCAGUGGCACCUAUCAGUGUCAGUCAGUGCUGCCUAUCAGUGCACGUCAGU